UGGUGACGCAAUCGCAAGUUUAGACACGAGUUUAGCGUGAGCUCUAGUCAACAUAUUAGCGUGAAUGAUAACUUUUAAAAGUGGAUUUUGUUUUUUUAUGCGCUAGCUGGACUUCACAGUUAUCGUCCAAGUAAUUAUGUUCAAAAUUACGGGACUUUUCCCCCCUACGAUGAACCGUUUUUGACAGCGUCGCCGCAAGCGGCCGAUUAAUGGCAUGGGACGAAAAGGGCGUCUGCUUCUUUUCUCGGCGUAGUACUCAUUUUCGUCACACAGUACAUGAGGCAAGCUUUACCAAUGGAUAUAUUCGUCCGAUUAACCCGUUACUUUCGUCGAGCAUCUGAGCGCUUCAGGGCAAGAGUUCGUCAUCGGUUGCACUACUCAAGAGUAGUUUUCAACUCUCUUGUCUACAAUGAGUUUGCCGACAUCUAUUAUGCGGGCGACACAUGUAUGGAGCCGCUGUUUUGGAUCGUCGACCACUUCGCAAAAGCCAUGGGGCCGAUAUUUGUCACCACGGUUACCAUUGUGGCUUGCACUGUUAUCGUGAUCGCAUACAUGAUCGGCAUUCCCUACUGGUGGGAGAACAACAAGUGCGUCCUUCUCGUCGCCCUAGUCAUUGGACAUUGGCUCCUCAUCAACAUCGUCUUUCAUUAUUGGAUGGCUCUCACGACUAAUCCUGGCACACCUCCAGAGGCAUCCCUGGUGCCAGAGGUGGUCUCAAUAUGCAAGAAGUGCAUAGCACCCAAGCCGCCCCGCACUCACCAUUGCAGUGUGUGCAAUCGCUGUAUUCUGAAAAUGGAUCAUCACUGCCCUUGGUUGAACAACUGCAUUGGCCACUUCACGCAUCGCUAUUUCUUUAUGUUUUGCUCGUAUGUGCUCAUUGGCAUCAUAUACCUGAUGAUCUUUGGCUACAGAAUCGCUUAUGAAGAGUACUUUUGCACCUUGCCAAUGCCAGCUGUCGGUCUUGCCAGCUCCAAGAUUCAACUUGGCAACCUUGGCAUGUCUAUCAAUGCGACACUACAGGAUACACCUGGGAAUGCUACUCACCCCAACACAGCAAAGCAGGACUUCAUGAGGAAAUACUACAUCACAUUCACGGUCUUCAUCUGCAUAGGAAUAUUUUUCGCCCUGGGAGCUCUUACCAUGUGGCACGCCCGGCUCAUCACGCAUGGUGAAACUAGCAUUGAGGCCCACAUCAAUAAGACGGAACGGAUACGCCUUGGAAAAGAGGGUGUUAUCUACAGAAAUCCAUACGACUUUGGACCUCGAAAGAACUGGAGAAUUUUUCUGGGACUUACCAAUGGCCGGACGUGGAGACACCUUCUGCUACCAUCAGCACACCUGCCUGAGGGCAAUGGCCUCACUUGGACAACCAUUUACAGCGAGAGGUGGUGACCCAUGCACAGCCUCUGACUUUCCUAUCUGAAGCAGGCCAGGAUGUGCACUUGCAGUGCUGCGCUGUGCUUCUUGGGGCUUGCAAGCCAGUGAGCAAGGCUGACAAAUCAUGAUACGUCUCCAUUCCAUACAUCAGUUCGCUGCUUGGCUGCAGUCUUUUUCUUGCCUGCAUAUGAGGUACAAUCCAAAGGGUCAGAAAGUAAUGAAAAAAGCAGCGACUUCUGUGCCAACACCUAUGCCACUAGCUGUCAAAACGCCCUGCACAUAAAGUGAAAGAGAUGCAACUCUCGAAUGCAAAUCAAGGUGUGCCUUCUUUCAUACGUGCAGUAACUUGUCAACUUUUCAUUUUUCUUAUCUGUUUGUGGAAAGCAAUACUGUGAAACCACUGAAGCCAACAAAGAAACACUAAUAGUACCUUCCUAUAUAUAUUUAUGCAAACAUACAUGUAAAAAGUAGCAUUUCUAAGUUGCCAAGCCAACUUUGACCGAGGCUGAAAGUUCCUCUGUUUUUAUAACGAGUGCCAUAGUUUUUCAGUAAGUGAACUCAAGGUGGUGCGUGACACUGCGAAUACAAUGACUGAAAUGCAUGAAAAUAAAGUGGUGCUGCUAGUCUUUCUUUUGCAGCACUAAAAUUCUUUGA